AUGAAGAAGACCCAUAAGGAUGAUAUGAAUGCGUUUGUCGCGUGUUUUGGCUCUAUCGACGAGACCUACGGGCUCAUCCCAGCCGCCAAGCUCUUCAGCAGCAGCAAGUGUCUUUGCCAGGUAAUCCUCGAACCAAGAGUCCAGAAGCCAUCCCGGGUUGAAGCAUCGGCAAUUGCCUAUACUUUUGCUGUCUUGGGACGGUCUUGGUCAUCAUCAGUUUCGAUCAUCUGCACAGAGAGGAAUUUUGGUCGCCUCAGAGACGAUUAUGAGAGCAUCCUGCUAGUGGUAAACCUUUCAUGGGCAAGACUCUUCAACACAAGCAUCCGAGGGGGGGGUUCUUCCCACAGGUGGCGCUCCAAGGCCCUGUUCGUUCCCGAGGACGAAGCUUUGCGAGGUCGAUGGAAUCUGACAAUUUCCAGCGGCCAACCUCGAGUCAAGGAUGCGGAAGGAGAGUGA